AUGAAAAUCUUACGACACAAGCUUGGAUCGAUCUUCCUUGCUUCUAUGUUCAAGGCCAUCCUGGCAAUCUCCUCUCCAGACUUGAAUCCUGGUCUGGUAAAUGACUCAAACUAUCAAUGGAUUGAUGCCUUCUCCUUUGAGAUCAGGGCGGGGACGAUUGGCCUUGGUAAUGAUCGUGCGUAUGUAGCUGCGACGAGCUUUUUAAAUCACCUUGCUUGGAACGAUUACCUGGGCUAUGAAGGGUCGCAGCUUUUCAGAAGCCCAAUUGCGCCAAGCGUAAGUAUCCAGAUCAAAGCAUAUCCACCAGGACAAUCUUCGCAGGUCCAGAGACGCUUCUUGAUCCAGGGGCUCCUCCAAACAGUUGCAUACUUUAAGAACGUAAAAUUGAUUACCAACGUGGAAGUCACGCUAAAAUUCCAUGACCGAACGGUUUGCCUUAUGGGGUUCAAGAAAGCGCAAGAGCAACAAUCAGAUGCCGGGUCUUCAGCAGUUGGCAAUGCAAAUGCCUUGAACGAGACGCUAAAAUCAGUCACAGGAGAUUAUCUUGCAGGAAGCGACCUGCCUCCAUUGCCUGCUAUCGGUAGACCGCCUACCUCCCUGCCAACCUCAAACAAUUCAGCAACGUCAGAUAAGUCUUCGACCAGUAUCAUUUAUCCAGAGACUUUAAACUCGACCACUUCAUACCUUCCUGACGAGUGGCUAGCUACUGAUAUCACUUUUCAUAAUGAGUUUCCAGUGAGAAGUCAAGACUUCUUCCUGAUAAUAGCCGCAACCUAUGCCUGUAUUGCACCAUAUGACCGGGAUACUGUGGCUUUGGCAAAGCCUGUACGCGCUGCACACACGCCCAUGAUACUUUACAUUCGGUUCCCAGAUCCAGCGCGUCGGCGAUAUGAACCAUUAUUUCGUUACCAGCACGUGCUGCGAGGGCUUUAUUCGAUUGUCCAACAAGCGUUCACUGGUGAUAGAUACUUUGAGCUCGACGCAGACUUACAUCUGUUCAACACUAGAUCGAUUAUGGCAGAGCUUGGUAGGCUGUCGAUGUUGCGAGAUCAGACAUAUUCGGAAUCAUAA